GUCAUGAGGGACUGGAAGGGAUCUCUGGGACGUGAAGUGGUUCCGCUGCCUGCACAGAGCUGGGCCAGCACUGAAUGCAGACCAGGGCUUUGUCCAGUUUAGUCCUGAAAACCUGCAAGGAUGGAGAUCCUUGCACCUUUCUGGGAAGAAGACCGAGAUCAGGAUGCCAUAGGUGGAAAAAAGAUUAUUAAUCGGACAUUUCUUUCUCUUUCCCAAAUUACUGCUUUGUCAGAACAAAAUGUGGAAGGAGUUCAAAAAAAGCUGGAAGAAUUCUUGAAUUUUAAACAAUUAAAGACAUCUUUGAAAGAAGCUAUUUUGCUAGAUUAUUAUACUGCAGGAUUUUGGUGGGCUAAAGAAAGGAACUUCAGUGUUAUACAGCUUUCAGGAUUCAUGGAUCUAUUAAAUUACCUGUUGGAGAACCUCAGUGACAAACAUAUGACCCUAGGAGAUAAUUUAAAAGAACUUGCAAAAGCAAUGGCUGGAAUAGGAGAAACUGAUUCAGAAAGAAGUGGUGACUUGAAUUUCUUCAGCAUUGAGCAAGCCAAAGCAAUCAUUGAUUACUUGAAUAUCAGCUUAUUUAAACAGUAUAAACUAUAUGAAUAUCUCUUCCACAGUCCUAGAGAAGAAGUUGUGAUAAGUAAUGAGAUCCGUGUACACUGUCCCAGCCACGGAAGAGUGGUUGCUCUGCACAGCGUGUCUGCACCACCUCCGCUGAAGUAUGUGAUUGAACUUGCCCCACCUGCAGUUCCCCCAUUCCCUGCUCUGCUGGAAGAAGGCAUACCUACGGAUAUUUAUUCAUCGUUCAUAAUAUCACCAGCAACCGCAGAGACAGAAUCUAAGGGGUCUGAUCAAGACCUGGAAGGUUACCUGGAAGAGCCUUGUCCAGAGGUAGAGUCCUUCGAGGCAGAUGCUGUGGCUGAUGUCACUGAUGAAGAUCAGAAGUCCACAGUGGGUGAAAUCCCAAAUGAAAUUAUUGUCAACCUUGAGGCAGAGAUAAAUGAAAAGCUGCAAAUGCAAGAAGAAGCUUAUACUUUGAGAACGGAAAAAUUAAAAAGUCCUAAAUAGACAGAUAAGAAAGGUGAUGUUGAAUUUUACAGAAAUUGGACAGUAGGGGAUGGCGUGCACAGAAGACUGGCUCCCUGCCUGAACGUAAUUAUUUUUGUGUAAAGGAAAAUGGCUCUGUUAACAUUUACCUAGAAAUAGUUCAUCCCAGUUCCUCAAAUUUACUGUCUUCUGCCAGUGUCAUUAUUUAGUUUAGACUUAAGUAGAAGAUUAUAAACAGAAGGAUACGUAAUUAAAACAUGUUGAAGUUCAGUUUAUUUCUGAAUAGAAAUCUCAAUUUAAAAAAAAUUGCUGUAGUUUCAUUCUCUUUUCUUUUUCCAGUUGUGAAAUAUUUAACAGAUUCUACUUUACACCUAUGGCUUUUUUCAGGUAAUUUUGCUAGGAGAGUACAUAGGGAGAAACAUAAUUUUGAGGCACUGCAGAUAUAAUGAAGAGAGAAUUUAAUUAACAUUUAAUUACACACAUUUCAGUGUAGUUAUUCAUUAAUCAUAUGUAUGUUAUUUCAUUUUAAAUUGUUUCCUAAGUUUUAAAACAAAUUUCAUACCUUACGCUUCUUUAUUUUCACCAUAUUAAAAGCACAUAAAUUAAGAGCUUGCACUUUUAGAGUGUUCUCAAGAAGAGUUCCUUUUGAUUUCAGUGGAAAUUUUUCUGGAAUGCACGUAACCUUUCAUCUGAGAAUGUUUCCAUAUUUUGUCAGAGGUUAUAGGAAUGUUUCAAAGUCAAAAGGAAUCCGACC